GGGCAGCGCCGAGCCGCUCCCGCCGGCGGCCGGGCACGCCGAGCCGCGGCGCUCCUGCCGGGGAGGGGGCCGGGCCGGGGGCGUUUUCUUACAGGGCUGUGAACGGCGCGACCCGGCCGGUGCGUGUGUUCGCCGCUGCAGUUGAGCGGCGGGGCGGCAGAGGGUGUGUAUCGCCACGGGGCUGGGCCGCCGGCCCCAAAAGUUGGGUGGGAUUUUCUUUUCUCCCCCCCUUUUUUUUUUUGGUUUCCCUCUCCCCCCCCUUUCUUUUUUUUUUUUUUUUUUUUAUUUUAGGGUGGGUGGGAGGGGUAAGGAGGGCGGCAGCGAAGCACGUUCGGCUCGGCUAAUGCCAGGCGUUAUGCAGCGCUGCUGAAACCGCUCUGCUGCAUACCUGUCCCAGGCAGAGCUCCGAGCUCCUGCUGACGCUACCGGUGAAAGCUAUUUGAGACGAGGGUUGUCCAGAAAUUACCUCAUGCUACUCCCGAUCGGCGCCGUGCAUCAAUUCCAGUGACCUCUACAGUGAUGUGGAUAUGCAACUCUUUCCGAUCAAGAAGUACCUCAGCUGUAGGGCAAAAUACAAAGACAUAAGCUACUAACCUCCUUUUAGCACCAGGACCAGACAUACAACCCUACACUUCACCAUCAAUUAAAAGCAGUUGAAAGCCACCUCUUAGAAAAGCUGAUCAACCCAUGACAUCUGUGGACAUCUUUUGUAAAACACGUUUUAUGUACUUCUGCUGAGAUCCUUUUUCUACCUGCCGCAUGGUUCUAUAUUACUUACUGGGCACUGAUGGUAGCCUCCAGAAAGUGCAGCUUCAAAUGGUCAACCUCAUCCUUUAGCAAGAAGAAGAUCUGGGUACUGGAGAGCAACAACAUCUUCAGAGAAAAUGGUAUACGAAGGAAAACAAUUAGUUUCCUGCCAUUGUUUUUUCCUGUUAACAGCCAAAUUCUACUGGAUACUCACCCUGAUGCAAAGAACUCAUGGCCAGGAGUAUGCCCACUCCAUCCGACUGGAUGGGGACAUCAUCUUGGGAGGACUGUUCCCUGUCCAUGCAAAAGGGGAUAGAGGGGUGCCUUGUGGGGAGCUCAAGAAGGAGAAAGGGAUCCACAGACUAGAGGCAAUGCUGUAUGCAGUUGAUCAGAUUAACAAAGACCCUGAUCUUCUUGCCAAUAUCACCUUAGGUGUCCGGAUCCUCGAUACGUGUUCCAGGGACACUUACGCAUUGGAGCAGUCCUUAACAUUUGUGCAAGCGUUGAUAGAAAAAGAUGGUUCAGAUGUGAAGUGUGCUAAUGGUGACCCACCUAUUUUCACUAAGCCAGACAAGAUAUCAGGUGUGAUAGGUGCUGCAGCAAGUUCUGUGUCCAUUAUGGUGGCAAAUAUUUUAAGACUUUUUAAGAUACCUCAAAUCAGCUAUGCAUCUACAGCUCCAGAACUGAGCGAUAACACCAGGUAUGACUUCUUCUCUCGGGUGGUUCCACCGGACUCCUACCAAGCACAGGCCAUGGUUGACAUUGUGACAGCCCUUGGGUGGAACUAUGUCUCGACACUGGCUUCUGAAGGCAACUAUGGAGAAAGUGGUGUGGAGGCAUUCACCCAGAUCUCCAGAGAAAUUGGAGGUGUUUGCAUUGCUCAAUCACUCAAAAUCCCUCGGGAACCAAGACCAGGAGAAUUUGAAAAGAUUAUCAAGCGCUUGUUGGAAACUCCAAAUGCUCGAGCGGUCAUCAUGUUUGCAAAUGAAGAUGAUAUUAGGCGUAUACUGGAAGCAGCCAAAAAAGCUAAUCAGUCUGGACAUUUCCUAUGGAUUGGCUCAGAUAGUUGGGGAUCAAAAAUUUCGCCAGUUCAGCAGCAGGAGGAGAUUGCGGAAGGAGCAGUAACCAUUCUGCCCAAAAGAACCUCAAUAGAUGGAUUCGAUAGAUAUUUUCGGAGCCGAACACUUGCUAACAAUCGAAGAAAUGUCUGGUUUGCAGAAUUUUGGGAGGAGAACUUUGGAUGCAAGUUAGGAUCACAUGGAAAAAGAAAUAGCAAUAUCAAGAAAUGCACAGGCUUAGAAAGAAUUGCAAGAGAUUCAGCCUAUGAGCAAGAAGGAAAAGUUCAGUUUGUAAUUGAUGCAGUAUAUUCAAUGGCCUAUGCACUACACAACAUGCAUAAAGAUCUCUGUCCUGGAUAUAUUGGUCUGUGCCCAAGGAUGAGCACAACUGAUGGUAAAGAACUACUUAGCUAUAUCCGGGCAGUAAACUUUAAUGGGAGUGCUGGAACACCUGUUGUCUUCAAUGAAAAUGGAGAUGCUCCUGGACGCUAUGAUAUUUUUCAGUAUCAAAUCACCAACAAAAGUACAGAAUACAAAGUAAUUGGUCAGUGGACUAACCAACUUCAUCUAAAUGUAGAAGACAUGCAGUGGGCUAAUAAGGAACACACUCAUCCAGCAUCUGUCUGCAGCCUGCCCUGUAAAGCUGGGGAAAGAAAGAAAACCGUGAAGGGAGUACCCUGCUGCUGGCACUGCGAGCGCUGUGAAGGGUACCAUUAUCAGGUGGAUGAGUUCAACUGUGAACUGUGCCCCAUUAAUAAGAGACCAAAUGCCAACCGUACGGAUUGCCAGCUUAUCCCGAUAAUCAAACUGGAGUGGCAUUCUCCUUGGGCCAUUGUGCCCGUCUUCAUAGCUAUUCUCGGUAUAAUUGCCACCACCUUCGUGAUUGUGACAUUUGUCCGGUACAACGACACACCAAUAGUCAGGGCAUCUGGGCGGGAGCUCAGUUAUGUGCUCUUGACUGGGAUUUUUCUGUGUUACUCCAUUACUUUUUUAAUGAUUGCAUCUCCUGAUACAGUGGUCUGCUCAUUUCGAAGGAUCUUUUUAGGACUUGGCAUGUGUUUCAGCUAUGCUGCCUUGCUUACCAAAACAAACAGGAUUCACAGAAUAUUUGAACAAGGUAAAAAAUCUGUCACAGCUCCCAAAUUUAUUAGUCCAGCUUCCCAGCUGGUGAUCACUUUCAGCCUCAUAUCCGUGCAGCUUAUUGGAGUCUUCAUCUGGUUUGCUAUUGAUCCACCACAUACCAUUGUAGACUACGGAGAGCAGAGGACACUUGAACCAGAAAAUGCCAGGGGAGUUCUCAAAUGUGACAUUUCAGAUCUAUCUCUCAUUUGUUCCCUUGGAUACAGUAUUCUCUUGAUGGUCACAUGCACUGUUUAUGCUAUUAAAACAAGAGGGGUUCCAGAGACCUUCAACGAAGCAAAACCCAUUGGAUUUACUAUGUACACGACCUGCAUAAUUUGGUUAGCUUUUAUUCCAAUCUUUUUUGGUACAGCCCAAUCAGCAGAGAAGAUGUACAUCCAGACAACAACACUUACUGUCUCCAUGAGUUUAAGUGCUUCUGUGUCUCUGGGCAUGCUCUAUAUGCCCAAGGUUUAUAUUAUCAUUUUUCAUCCAGAGCAGAAUGUUCAAAAACGGAAGCGGAGCUUCAAGGCUGUAGUGACAGCUGCCACAAUGCAAAGCAAACUGACCCAAAAAGGAAAUGACAGACCAAAUGGAGAGGUCAAAACUGAACUGUGUGAAAGUCUUGAAACCAACAGUAAGUCAUCUGUAGACUUUCCCAUGGUCAAGAGUGGCAGCACAUCGUAAUAGAUCCUCCUCUACCAAGACAACUUAUGUCAGUUACAGCAAUCAGGCAAACUGAGCAGGGAUGAAAUUCACUGGAAGACCUGCAGGAUGGAAUCUUGCAAACAUAGACUUAACCACCACCAAAAUUCAGUCUUGGAAAUAUCAGUAGACUACAUUGAAAUCAAUAGUCAGUCUCCUACAGGCCAAGGAUUAAACAAGAGGCAAAAGGCAAAAAGAGACAGGGGAAGGAAAGUCCAGUUUUAUAACAUAGAGACAGAGUGUCAAGCUUCUGAACUGUUCACUCACAAAAGGAAGCAAAUCACAAAAGGAAAACAAAUGUUAGCUUAUGAAAAAAAAUACUGUUGAAAUAAAUCAUGUCUGAUGUUAUAUUUGUAAGUACUUUUUUGUGAUUGUGACAAUUUCCUUUCCUGUCCGACAUGGUUCAACUCGUAAAAGAAGAUGAGUUUGUUUCUUGUGACAGCUGACUGAAUUAAGUCCUGGGUUAUGCUAAAAUAAAUGCAAUGGUCAACGCAUGCUAAUUUUUAUACAAAAUAAUUUAUUUAUAAUAAUAAAGGAAUGUUUUGCAAAUGUUGAGACUUGUUUUGUUGCAGUUUUAAGGAAAAAAAUUCCUUACACUGUUGUCUAUUGUUUGUUUAGAAUGUGCAGUAAAGGUGAGUGUUCAAAUAAAAUAAUAAUCAUGACAUCAGAAGAAUGCAGUGUAAACUCUAAGCAUGUGUGUGUGUGUAUGUGUGCACAUGUGCGUGUAUGUACGUGCAUGCCUGCAUGCAUGUGUGUGUGUGUACUAUGCAGUGUGUGAAUUUAUUUGUUCAAAGCUUUGUGACUAUUUUUUCUAAUGGAAGGAUUUUUUUCUCCCUUUUCACCCUCAAAGUAAGCACAUUUUAUAUGUUUGUAAAGUGAAGGAGUCCUGAUGGUAAUUAUUUUGUAUGCUUGUACUAUAUUUUUGAACCUCCACUAAUAAUUUUGAUCCUUUUCAUUUCUGGAACUUACAGCUUGUAAGACUUUAUGACAGCUGGACUGGAUUAAGCUGAAAGUCUAUUCAGCCUAGUAUCCUGUCUCUGACAGGGGAAUGUAGCAGAUGCUUAUCUCAAUAAAGGUGACUUUGAAAUAACAGGAGACAAAUCAGUGGAAAUUUAGAAAGCAGUAACCUAGUGGAUAUAUGUACUAUUGCCUUCGAAACACAAAAAUCAAAGAAAUAAAUGUCCAUCUACAAUCUUCACAUCUUCUAACUCCCAUGUCAAAUGAUUGUGUGUGUGUUAGAAAUGAUUAUGCAAAGAGAGAGAGAAAAUCAUGUAGACAUCUAUCAUGCUAAUAAACGCCUCCAAAGUAGUUUAAAAGAGUUAGGGGCUUUCCACUUUGUUACUAUACCUGUGAUGUUCUUUAAGA